AUGAUAAAGAAGAAUGUAAAGGACCUGAAUAAAUUCAUGAUUCUAACAUCUAUGGAACUCUGGCAAACAACAUGGGCUGGAGAAGCUAACAAUGAUAAAGAAGAAUAUAUUAGUACAAGCAAUUGCUUCAUAUGGUUUCUUGAAUUCAAUCUUCUCCCUUUUCUAUCUAGUGAAAGUAAAGGUCCUCGUGGGUCUGGAUAUUUCUUGGUUGAUCCUGUGUUGACAUAUGGUCAAGAUAAUGAGGUUCUACCUUUGGACUGCAUUCAGUGUCAAACUGUUUUAACCAAACAGCUUGGCACUCUUGAUGAAUGGGAGCAACGACUUUUGGUUGCCAAGGAAUGUGGUUAUAAUAUGAUUCAUUUUACUCCAAUUCAAGAGCUUGGAAAAUCCUUGUCUUCAUAUUCCCUCAGUGACCAACUAAAGUUGAACAGGAUGUUUAGUAAGCCUGAGGGACCAAUAAAUACAAUUAAUGAUGUAGCAAAGUUGGUGGACAAGAUGGUAAAAGAAUGGAAAGUGACAGCUAUUACUGAUGUGGUACUGAACCACUCGGCCAAUGAAAGUCCAUGGCUCAAGGAACAUCCAGAGUGUGCAUACAACCUUGAAAAUUCUCCACACCUGAGACCUGCUUACCUCUUGGACAGAGUUUUAUGGCACCUUGCUUUAGAUAUAAUAGAAGACAAAUGGGAGUUCAGUGGGAUCCCCAAGUGUAUACAGGAAGAAAAACAUUUAGAUGGUAUUCGUGCUGCUCUUCAUGGAUAUUAUCUUCCACAAGUGAAGAUUCAUGAAUUAUAUAUGAUGGAUAAAGACUCCCUAAUAAAGGAAUUUCGUGUUCGUGUUCAGGAAAUGAAAGGGCCUUGUAAAGAGGAAGUAGCAGUAGGGAAGGAACUUACAGUACUUCAAGAUCCAAAUUAUAAGAGGUUAACUUCCAAGGUUGAUAUGGAUACUGCUUUAAAAAUGUUCAAUGUCUUAAGAAAUGAUGCUGUAAGUGAACAAGACAGAAUAAACAAAUGCUGUGAAGCAUUUGGUCAUAAGUUAGAAGAAAUGAAUCAAAACAUUAUGCGAGAAGUACGUAUUCAUCUGACGGCUGCAAUAGAAAAUGUCCUAGCUGGGGUACGAUAUCAGCACCUGCAACCUGAUGGUCCAAAGAUAAAACUUGUUUCUAAAAAACAUCCCUUGGUUCCAAAGUAUUUUACCCACUUCUUUCCUGAUACUGCCAUUGAUGAAGAAGAGAAACUUAUGUAUGGCCCCGAAGCAUGUCAAAUAAUGGCUCAUAAUGGAUGGGUGAUGGGGGAUGACCCAUUACGAAACUUUGCAGAGCCAGGGUCUAAUGUUUAUAUCAGAAGAGAACUGAUUGCUUGGGGAGACAGUGUAAAGCUAAGAUAUGGGGAUAAACCAGAAGACUGUCCUUACUUGUGGAAACAUAUGACUAAUUAUGUUCAAGAAAUGGCAAGAGUUUUCCAAGGCCUAAGGCUGGAUAAUUGUCACAGUACCCCAUUAUAUGUAGCAGAAUAUUUGAUGGAACAAGCAAGACGAGUUCGGCCAGACCUUUAUGUUAUUGCUGAGUUGUUUACAUCAAGCGAAAGGAUAGACAACAUUUUUGUCAAUCGUCUGGGGAUUAAUUCACUCAUUAGAGAAGCAAUGAGUGCUCAUGAUUCUCAUGAACUUGGACGUUUGGUAUAUAGAUAUGGUGGUGAGCCAGUUGGUGCUUUUAUUCAGCCUCCUGUCAGACCUCUUGUACCAAGUAUAGCACAUGCCGUCUUUCUUGAUGUUACACAUGAUAAUCCUUCUCCAAUACAAAAACGUUCUGUAUAUGAUCUUCUACCCAGCACUGCUUUAGUUUCAAUGGCCUGUUGUGCUACCGGAAGUACUAGAGGAUAUGAUGAACUGGUUCCACAUCAUAUUCAUGUUGUUGAUGAGACUCGAUGCUAUACAUCCUGGUCAGAAAAUUCUCAGAGUGAGCGUGGAAUGGUUAACUCUAAGUCAGGGAUUAUUACUGGGAAGAGGGCUCUUAAUCGUCUUCACCAGGAGCUAGGAGCAGCAGGAUUCUCACAGGUUUAUGUAGAUCAGGUGGAUCAGAAUAUUGUUGCAGUAACACGUCACUGUCCUGCUACUCAUCAGUCAGUCAUUCUUGUUGCUCGGACAGCAUUUCGCCAACCCCAAACCCCAAAGGAUACAGGAUUUGUCCCUCCACUUUGUGUGCCAGGUAUUGUGGAAGAGAUCAUUUUGGAAGCUCGUCUCUUCCACAAGGGGCAAACUAGAAAAACUACUGAAAAUGAUUGGGCAAAGGAUGAGACUUUUAUCAAUGGAUUUAAAGAUUUCCAGUUAGAUAUUCGAGAACACAUCCAGUUGUACGAGAGUGAUAUGGUAGAACUCACUGAGAGUGGUGAGAAGCAUGUUCAAGAGGUGGAGUUCACUAACUUUCCACCAGGGUCUGUUGUUGCUUUCAGAGUUUCCCUAAAUUCAGCAGCACGAACAGCAGUUUUAAAGUUGAGGACAUGUGUUGCACAGUUCGGAUAUCGUAUGAGGUCAUACAGUGGAACACAAAUACAGCCACAAGGAAAUGAUUUUCUCUCAAUUGUUAGUCGCCUAACCUUAUCAGACUUGAACAGGGUGCUGUUUAGGUGUGACCAAGAAGAAAAGGAUGAAGGAAAAGGUGGUGGAGCAUACAAUAUACCCAACUUUGGUGAGCUUCCAUACUGUGGACUGCAGGGUUUGAUGUCACUUUUAGCUGACAUUCACCAGAAGAAUGACUUGGGUCACCCCAUCUGUGAAAACCUUCGAGCUGGAGAUUGGCUUCCAUCUUACACUGCCAAUCGUCUAUUACUGCAUCCGUCGACAAAGGAUCUCGGCCAGUGGUUUCAGGGUGUUUUUAGUCAUCUGAGUCUAAUACCUCGCUACCUCAUACCUUGCUACUUUGAUACAGUCAUCACUGGAGCUUACAACAUCUUGCUAACAGUCAUGUGGAGGAGCAUGUCAGAGUUUGUGGAUGAGGGUUCUUCCUUUGUUAAGGCACUGGCUAUGGGCUCUGUUGCUCUCAGUGGUGUUGUAAAAAGUGCCCCACUACCUGGACUUUCACCUCGCCUUGCUCCACCUCAACCUCCUUUCACCCUGAAUGAGGAAACUAGCAGACGGGAACAGAGCUGCACAACAAUGGCUGCAGGUUUACCUCACUUUGCUACUGGAUACAUGCGAAACUGGGGACGGGAUACUUUCAUAUCUCUUAGAGGUUUGUUCCUCAUCACUGGGAGGUACCAAGAAGCUAGAUAUAUCAUCCUUGCCUUUGCUGGAUGUCUUCGCCAUGGUCUCAUUCCCAACUUGCUGGACAAAGGAACAAAUGCCAGGUACAACUGUCGUGAUGCUGUCUGGUGGUGGCUACAGUCUAUUCAGGACUACUGCAGUAUUGUUCCAGAAGGAUAUAAUAUUCUCACAGAUCUAGUUUCUCGUAUAUACCCAACUGAUGAUUCAUCUCCACUGCAACCUGGUCAACAUGAACAACCAUUACACGAUGUCAUACAAGAAGCUAUUCAACGCCAUUUCCAGGGAUUGCUGUACCGAGAACGUAAUGCAGGAUUUAACCUUGAUCGUGAGAUGUCUAGUGAAGGGUUCAAUAACAACAUUGGAAUAGAUUUGAAGACAGGGUUUGUUUACGGAGGAAAUGAACACAACUGUGGGACAUGGAUGGAUAAGAUGGGAAGCUCUGAAAAAGCAGGGAACAAAGGAAAACCAGCUACUCCACGGGAUGGAUCAGCUAUAGAGCUAGUAGGACUCUGCAAGUCAGCAUUGAGGUGGCUCAGUGAAAUGCAUAAAAAAGGAUUUUAUCCUUACAGCUCAGUGGAAAAAACAGAAAAAGGAAAAAUUAUUCGUAUGACACUUGAUGAAUGGCAACAGUUGAUCCAAGAUAAUUUUGAGCAUUGCUUCUGGAUAAAUACUACUCCUACCCCAGAAUUGGAACCUGCACCUGAACUAAUUAACAGACGAGGGAUUUAUAAAGAUAGUCACAAUGCAACUCAGUUUUGGGGAGAUUUCCAAUUUCGUCCAAACUUCACAGUUGCUAUGGUUGUGGUGAGUUCAGAAAUAGGUCUUAUAUAUAUAGAGCUUCUUAGAGCUAACCAUGUGGAAAAAAUUGGCUCAUCUAAGUGCAACCUCAAUGGACAGACAUCCCUUUUCCCCCCUCGACGUGGAUUCCU